GCGGGCGGCCGAGCUGGCGGCGCCGACCCCCCGCGCGUCGCACAUGGAGCGCUGGGCAGAGGCGGCGGCGGCAGCGGGCAGCGGCGCUUCAGUGGCUCUCUCGGCCGGCCCCUCCCGCUCCUGUGCGCUGCUCCUCCAGGCCAGCGUGCGCGGUCACCAUGGCGUCCAGUGAGGAGGACGGCACCAACGGCUCCUCGGAGGCCGGCGACGAGAAGGAAGCCAUCGGCAAGAGGAGACGCCUAGGCUUCCUGGCCACCGUUUGGCUCACCUUCUACAAUAUCGCCAUGACCGCCGGGUGGUUGGUUCUAGCUAUUGCUAUGGUACGCUUUUAUAUGGAAAAAGGAACACACAGAGGUUUAUAUAAAAGCAUUCAGAAGACACUUAAAUUUUUCCAAACAUUGGCUUUGCUUGAGGUAGUCCACUGUCUGAUUGGGAUUGUACCCACUUCUGUGCUUGUGACAGGGGUCCAAGUGAGUUCAAGAAUCUUCAUGGUAUGGCUCGUUACUCACAGUAUAAAACCCAUCCAGAAUGAAGAGAGCGUGGCGCUUUUUCUGGUCUCCUGGACUGUGACCGAGAUCACUCGCUAUUCCUUCUACACAUUCAGUCUCCUCGACCACUUGCCGCACUUCAUUAAAUGGGCCAGAUAUAAUUUUUUUAUCAUCUUAUAUCCUGUUGGAGUUGCUGGGGAACUUCUCACAAUAUAUGCUGCCUUGCCUUACGUGAAGAAGUCAGGAAUGUUUUCAGUAAGGCUUCCUAACAAAUACAAUGUCUCUUUUGACUACUACUAUUUUCUUCUUAUAACCAUGGCCUCUUAUAUACCGUUGUUUCCUCAACUCUAUUUUCAUAUGCUACGUCAAAGAAGAAAGGUGCUUCAUGGCGAGGUGAUUGUAGAAAAGGACGAUUAAAUGACCCCUACAAACAAGGUGCUUUUUCCAGAAAAACCGGAUUACUUGAGUCCAAGUUUUAAUAACGAGAAUAAACAACUUCAUGAAUACCAUGAAUCGUAUUGUUUCCUGAAAUAUAAGGAAGAACGUGGUGUUUGCCAGCCUUUGUCUUCGUGCUGUGCUGCGUCUAUUUCUGACAAUGGCAAAUGUUUGAAACUGGUGGGUGAGGGGUAAGGGUGAAUCAUUUAGAAAACAAUUGGAUAUAUUACCUGAGAAAAAGAACGUUUUGCUCCCUUUACUAAUAUAUUUUAUAACAUAUGCUCAAGGCUUUAACAUCAAUAGGUUGAAAUUGGCUUCAUUUAACAUGAUACCCACCAAUGACAUUUAUAUUUUACUUAUAAAUGAAGGCCAACACAGAACUGUAGCAAGUGAUUAAUAAUGUAUUAGAACCCCUGAUUCAUUGUUUCAAAUUCUAGGGCAACAUUUAAGAUUAAUAGCAAUAUCUGGAAGUGUGGACAUAAUUUUAUAUGGUAAGCUCUUGAUAUAAAAAGAAACAUAAAAAUAUCUGAGUAAAUGAUACAAUUGGAAAACAUUUACUUUGGGAGAGGAUUGGCGUUGCUGGAGACACAGCCCAGGCACUUGAGUACGCUGGGCGAGUGCCCUGUCACCGAGUGGAAUCCUCGGCUACAGGAAAAUGUUCUUUGAGGAUUUUUCUAGACUGUUGACAUUAUUUAUUGAGCAAACCAACUCUUGUUUGCAUUGGUCACUCAAGGACAGCUUUCUCAAUCAGAAGGAUUGUAAGAGAUUAGACAAAGCUUUCUCAAUCAUAAGGAUUGUAAGAGGUUAGAUAAACCACUGAUUUUACCUACUGUUUAACGAACAUAUCCAAUCAUAUUAAUUGUUUCUAGAUUUUUAGUUGAGAAAGCUGCUGUGAUCUGUGGAAGUAUCUUAUAAAACCAUGGUAUGAUAAUCUUCGGUGGUACUUUAUAUUGUCAUCUAAACAGUCAUUUUAUUCUGAAUUACACUGGGGAGCAAAAGUCUCACAACAAAGCCCAUGACCUCUUGCUUAAUGGAAAGACGUAAGGAGAAUACCUCACCUCUGCUUUAAUUAAAAGGGAUCUUUAGAGGUUUCCCUCCUAUGGUAAAAUAUAGGAAGGAUUGACUGGUUGACUUUAGAGCUAAUGUAGAUGUGAUAAGAAAAGGAACCUUUUGCCUACAGUAGUUAUGUAGAUGCAAUUGUGGCUGUAAGUGUUCUGUCUUGUGUGUGUUUGCUGUCAACAUCUACCACACCCUAUCCAGCCUGGCUUGUGUGGAACUGGCUGCUAUAGAAAGUCUUCAUAUAGUGGUUUGGAGUUCAGAACAGUUUUUCAGGUUUGUGUCAAUGACUUGAUUUUCUUCAGAGGUGCUAUUUUUGUUACACUGCAUUUUGCCGUUACCUCUGCUACUGACGGUUUGAAUGAGUACUGUGUAGUAGAUCACUCAUUAUCAGUGCUGCCCCUUAUUCUGCUCUGACACUGCUUGGCCAGUUUUCAUCUUGAGUUUUAUGAUGAAGAGUUUUUUGGGGAACUUCCCCACUUUGGGUGACAAAGUGUGAAACAUUCACAUUUAUUAAAUGCCUGUCUUAGGGGAAUGUCUUCAAGCAUAUUCCUAAAGCAUGCAUUGUCUAAUCUUCACUCUCUCCAAGAAGCUGUAAUUAAUACUUCCCCCCUUCCAGUUAUAGACUAUCCUGAAGUAGGAAUUAUCAUCAGCUUUAAUAAAAGUGAGUUCUUAAACUGUUUGGUGACUUACAUUCAUAUACUUAAAAUGUGUAAGCUUUAGAUUUAGUUUGGUAUCCCCUAGAAUCAAGCGAUUUUAAACUCAAUUUGUGUAUCAAGUGCUAAGUGGUGGUUUGAUUUUAGGACAAAAAAAAAAAGGUUUUGAAAUUCACUGUGCUGUGACUGCACCUCUGAUAUUCUCCUGAAGUCAUCCCAACCUGUGAAGCAGAACUAGAAUCAAAUAGAAUUUGAAGUCCAUAAGCAUUUGAAAAUAUACACUGAGAAAUUUUGUUACCAGCAACAUUUGGUUACAUUUGAUGACAAUCACUAAAAUUCUGACAGUUCUUUAUGUAAGCUUGACAACUUAAUAAAUUAUAUAAUAUGCAAAUUGAAAGACUUUGAAUGUGUUAAUGCUGAUUUAGUAUCAGUAAAAGGCCUGAUAGCUGCAACUUACAAAAAUGGCAAAAUAAAUACUAAUGUGCCCUCAUUGAAA